AUGGAGGAGAGAGAUAUAGAUGAUCUGCCCAAGAAUCCGGCCAACUACACGGCGUUGACCCCACUUGGUUUUCUGGAGCGGGCUGCGCUGGUCCACCCGACCCGAAAAUCUGUAAUCCACGGUUCUGUAUCUUAUACAUGGCAGCAAACUUACCGCCGCUGCCGCCGAUUGGCCUCCGCCCUCACAAACCGUUCCGUGGGCUUUGGUGACACGGUUGCUGUGAUUGCGCCAAACAUCCCAGCCACGUUUGAAGCUCAUUUUGGAGUUCCAAUGUCCGGAGCUGUUUUAAAUGCUGUUAAUAUUCGUUUAAAUGCACAAACCAUUGCUUUUCUUUUAGGACACUCAAAAUCUUCAGUCAUAAUGGUGGACCAAGACUUUUUCACUUUGGCAGAGGAAGCUUUGAACAUUUUAGCCAAAAAAAAUAAAGGAAAUUUUACUCUUCCACUUCUAAUUGUUAUUGCCGAUGAAAACUGUGACUUGAAAACUCUCCAAUAUGCUCUGGGACGAGGCGCAAUGGAAUAUGAAAAAUUUCUGGAGACCGGUGACCCGAAUUUUGCGUGGAAACCACCACAGGAUGAGUGGCAUAGCAUUGCGUUGGGAUAUACUUCAGGAACUACAGCUAGCCCCAAAGGAGUGGUGCUGCAUCAUCGAGGGGCAUACCUCAUGGCUUUGAGUAAUGCCAUUGUAUGGGGAAUGCAGGAAGGGGCCGUGUACCUGUGGACUCUACCAAUGUUCCACUGUAAUGGUUGGUGCUUCACUUGGACACUUGCGGCACUUUGUGGUACAAGCAUAUGCCUUAGACAGGUGACGGCUAAGGCUGUUUACUCUGCUGUAGCUAACCUGAAUGUGACCCAUUUCUGUGCUGCCCCCGUGGUUCUCAACACCAUAGUUAAUGCCCCAAAAGACGAGAUGAUCCUCCCUCUUCCUCGUGUAGUUCAUGUAAUGACAGCAGGUGCUGCUCCGCCCCCUUCUGUUCUCUUUGCAAUGUCCCAACUGGGCUUUCGAGUUACACACACUUAUGGACUAUCUGAGACUUAUGGCCCAUCCACUAUAUGUGCAUGGAAGCCUGAGUGGGAUUCUCUUCCACCGGAAACUCAAGCACUUUCGGAAAAUCCUAGAAGUUGUACUGAUUCUGCUGUACUUUCUCCUGUUGCAAUUGGAACAAGCCUCCAGGAUUCAAGAAAAUUUGGGAAUGGCCCUUUAGUUUCAGAAAAGCAACGAAGUUGUAUCAAUUCUGCCGCAGUUUCUCCUGUUGGAACAAUCCACCAGGUUUCGAGAAAUGCUGGGAAUGCCCCUUCUGUCUCGAAAAUUCGCAGAGUAAGAGCUAAUUCUGCGACAGUUUCUCCUAUCGGAACAAGCCAUCGAGAUUCAAGAAAUUUUGGGAAUGCCCCUUUAGUUUCAGAAAUUCGCAGAACAAGUAGUGAUUCUGCUGCACUUUCUCCUGUUGGACCAAGCCUCCAGGGUACAAGAAGUGCUGAAUUUUUUGGUGAUUUCAAUGAUACAAUAGCUUCUUGUGAUAUUUUUAAUGGCCAUUGGAUGAUAGAGGAAGAUUUCAAGCCUCUUUACCAACCGGGCUCUUGCCCUUUCGUUGAUGAUGCUUUCAAUUGUUUCAAGAAUGGCCAACCGGAUUCAGACUACUUCAAGCUCAGGUGGAAGCCCCAUGAUUGUGAAAUUCCAAGGUUUGAUGGGAUUACAAUGUUGAAGAUGCUAAGAGGGAAAAGAAUGGUGUUUGUGGGGGACUCAAUCAACAGAAACAUGUGGGAAGCAUUAGUCUGUGCUUUGAGAGAAUCAUUAGAUGAUAAGAGCAAAGUAUUUGAAGCAUCAGGCCGGCGCGAGUUCAGGAGUCAAGGGUUCUACUCUUUCCAAUUUAAGGAUUUCGAGUGCUCCAUUGAUUUCAUCAGAUCACCUUUCCUAGUUCAAGAAUUGAAAGUCGCAGAUAAGGCUGGUAAGAAUAGAAAAACUUUGAGGCUUGACAUGAUGCAAGAUUCUUGUAACGAGUACCGCGAUGCUGAUGCUAUUAUCUUCAACACGGGUCACUGGUGGACUCACCAGAAAACCUUUAAAGGGAAUUACUUUUUCCAGGAAGGUGAUCUUGUGUACGACAAACUAGAAGUGACAGAAGCGUAUAAGAGGGCGCUGAGGACAUGGGCUCAAUGGGUCGAUAGUAAUAUCAAUAUAAGUCGAACUAGUGUCUUCUUUCGUGGUUAUUCAGCUUCCCAUUUCAAAGGUGGUCAAUGGAAUUCAGGAGGAAAUUGUGAUGGUGAGACACUACCAAUAACGAACGAUGCCUAUCUUUUGCCAUAUCCAUGGAUGACUAAAGUUCAAGAAUCUGUAAUAUCAGAAAUGAAGAGUCCUGUUUUUUUAUCUAAACAUUACAAAAAUGACAGAUUACAGAAAAGAUGGGCAUCCCUCAAUAUUCCAGCAAUCAGCUUCGCAGAGAAGGCCUGGAAUGUUUCAAGAUUGCAGCCACUGGUGCCUCCCCGGGGUACCAGACUCCUGGAACGAGCUUCUUUAUGCGACUAUGAUCAAAUCCCAGAAAUUUUUUUAAGCAGUUAG